AUGACGGCCACGGCUCAGACGGAGCCCGCCCCGGCAGACGUCAAGGGCCGCAGCCUGGACAACCUGAAAUUCGACAACAGGUUCACCGAGGACCUACCCGCGGAUGAGAAGAAGCUCAACCGUUUGCGCGAGGUGGAGGACGCGGUGUACACCUGGGUGGACCCCACCCCCACCGACACGGAGCCACACACUCUGGCGGCAUCACAGGAGGUGGCCCGGUUGAUCGGCCUGGACUUGGGCGAGCUCCAGCGCCCAGAGUUCGCAGCCAUCUUCAGCGGAAACGCGCCCCUUCCGGGGGCAAAGCCCUAUGCGCAGUGCUAUGGCGGGCACCAGUUUGGGUACUGGGCGGGACAGUUGGGAGAUGGGCGCGCGAUCUGCCUGGGCGAGGUCGUGAACGAGGCAGGCAAGCACUGGGAGCUGCAGCUCAAGGGUGCCGGGAAGACACCCUUUUCGCGCAUGGCCGACGGGCGGGCGGUCCUGCGCUCCUCGCUCCGUGAGUACGUUGCCUCCGAGGCCAUGGCGGCGCUGGGGGUUCCCACCACGCGCGCGCUGAGCCUGGUCGCGACUGGUGCCGGCAUCUACAGAGACAUGUUUUAUGAUGGCGACGUGAAGGAGGAGCCCGGCGCGGUGGUCUGUCGGGUGGCCCGCUCCUUUGUCAGGUUUGGGACCUUUCAGCUGCCCAGCGCUCGGGGCGGCGAGCAGCUGGGGCUGGUGAGGCGUGUGGCGGACCACGUCAUCCGGCGCCACUACCCUCAUCUGAAUGGGGACAAUGGCGAGGUCUCCGCAGGCAACGGCGCGGCGGGGGAGGAUGGCGCUGCCAGCCCCGACCCGAAAUACCUCCGAUUUUUGAAGGAGGUGGCCGAGCGGACGGCGGCCACGGUUGUCCACUGGCACCGCGUCGGCUUUGUGCACGGCGUGCUCAACACCGACAACAUGAGCAUCCUGGGUGACACCAUUGACUACGGGCCGUAUGCUUUCAUGGAGAGGUUUGACCCCAACUACACCCCCAACACCACCGACUUGCCCGGCCGACGAUAUGCCUUCAGGGCGCAGCCUGCCAUCUGCCAAUUCAAUGUGCUCAUGCUGGGCAAGGCCUUUGUGCUGGCGGGGCUGCUGGACGGCGAGGGCCUGCAGGAAGUGGUGGACAGCUUCACGGUGGCCCUCUCCGGCGCCUUCUCCGACGCGAUGCGGCGCAAGCUGGGCCUGCGCGACUUUGACCCCGGCCUGUACGGCGACCUCAUGGCGCUGAUGAUCCAGGACAAGCCGGACUUUACCAACACCUGGCGCGCCCUAUCGAGCGUCGCGCCGGGGGAUGGGGCGGAGGGCCUGACCCCGGCCCUCGCCGCUGCCCUGGGCGAAGACCUGGCACAGGAGCGGGUGGAGGCUUGGAGUGCGUGGGCGGCCAAGUACCGUGCCGUGCUGGCCGGCCAGGACCUGCCCGCCGCCGAGCGCCGCGCGAUGCAAGACGCUGCCAACCCGGCGCUGAUCCCGCGUAACCACGUGAUGGUGAGCCUGAUCGCCGAGGUGGAGAGCGGGAACACGCAGGGCCUGGAGGCGUACCUGGAGGCGCUGGCGCGGCCGUAUAAGGAUGGGCUGGGGGAAUCCGCCUGGAAGGUGCCCGCGCCCCGACAAAUCCGCAAGGGCAUUGAGCUCCUGUCCUGCUCCUCCUGA